AUGGACACCAUCGUAGAAGAAGAAACGACUCGUGAGGAAUUGGAGGAUAAUAUCGGUGAAGAAGACAUGACGUUGGAUCAGCUGAGGGAAACGCUCCGUCUUGAAAGGGAACGAUAUAGGGAUCUAACGGAGCAGCAUGCCCGAUUGACGAAGAAAAAUGCCAGGUUAAUGUUGCAGAAUCGUCAAUUGAACGAAGAAGCGGCAACUGACGCCACAGAUUCGGAGAUUAACGUGAUAUCAUCAGGAGAAGAAAAGUUACGAAGAAGGAGAUACACCCGCGAGGACGACGGAGGAGAGCGGAGAAGGAAGCGACGAAGAGAAAACAGUGAAGAGAUAAGACUAAGAAGAGCAUUGGAAAUAUCAAGUUGGGAAGAUCAAAGGCGAAGAUAUGAAGAAGAGAAGAAGCAUGCUGAAAAUGGGAGGAGAAGAGAAGAUGAAAGACAGCUCGAAUUCAACCGGAAGGAUGAGGAAGAAAGGAUACAUGGUGAAGGAAGGCUCAGUGUGAUGAGAGGAAACCGUUGGGAGAGAAAUGGAGGGAACCUGAACCAGGAAGUCUUGGAUGAGCCGCGAGAUAUGAGAACACUGAUAAAAAAUUACCGAAGAGGCAGCAGAGUGCAGAUGGCGGAGGAAAUAUAA